UCUGUUAAUUUUUGUAAAUUAUUUGAAGUUAUGGUUAAAAACUCAAUUAAAUUCUGUAUUAUUCACUCUACGAAUACAAUUUAAUAUUUCUAGAAGAAGAGUAUAAACGAUUAAAAGUUUACAAAUAUGAGUGAAGCAGAAAAUAACGUUCGUAGUUCAGAUAAUUCAUCCGAAUCUGAUAAAUCUCCGAAAUCAUCAGAAAAUGUCACCAAAUCUAAUGUAAGAACAAGACUUCGGAAACGAAAGCGGCUGGACUCGAGCAGUUCUGAAGGUGAUGAUAGUGUUCUUGCAGAGAAUUCAUUCCAAAUGGAAAAGAAUGUUCAUGCCUCAGCUAUCAAAAAUAAUUUAGACGAUGUUAGUGUUAAGAAGAUACUUAAGAAAGUGGUCACAAAUGAUCAUGUUUUGGCUCUUGUAAAAUUAAGAGAAGAAGAAGAAUCUAUUAUGGAAGAAAAAUUCAGACCUAAAUUAACUAGAGCCAAAGUUAAAGAACUGAUGAAGGAUUUACCGAAAUCAUCUGGAUGGAAUUUAGAGAAUUUGGAAUUAACACCAAUCAAACAUAUUCCUGUGAAGACACGACCUGAGGUAAAGGCUCUCAUAGCCCAGGAGUUGCCGGAGGAUGAAGACGAUGAUGAGUAUCAUCCCAAUCACGAUGAUGUGCAGAGUGAUGAUGAACAUACAGUGGAAUCAAGUAGUGAUGUAGACUCUCUGCCGAGAACACCAGCAACUCCUAAAUCACAGAGUCUCGUAUCUCCGAAAGUUGUUAAAGAUGGUCCAUUCAAAGUACCACAAAACAAACUAACACCAUCGCGUCGUAAAUUAAAUUUAGAAGAGGAAGCGACAAUCGCUCUCAGAACUAGAUCCAAGUUAAGUUUAUCAGCAACACCAAUAGAGCAUAUAGAGAGUUCCUUCAUCCCUCCUGAUGAUGUACCGACAGUGGAUGUGGACGAUCCUGUAUGGAAUGAGUUCUUAGAGGAAUGCCUCAACCCUGCAUCCGCGCUGGUGAAGAACGAAGAUGAUGAUGAAGCGGAUCCGGAGUAUAAUGUUGCUGCCGACCCUGAUAUACAUGAUGAUGAUGAAGAAGUGUUAGACAACAGUAUAAUAAAGAUUUCAAAAAAGGAACUGAAUGAUCUGAUGACGGAACUGUUCAAUAUCAUGCCGGAGCCAUCUGCUGAGGAAAUCGCUAGUAAGGUUGCUGGAAAACAUACUUUAGAGGUAGUUUUACCGGAACAGAUUUUAAUAAUCGAGCAACAAAUUCGCAUGCAUGUUCAGUUGGCGACAUCAAACUUUCUGCAGCUAUUCACACAUCCCACUUACUGGUCGUAUGCUCCUAAAUACAAAGAAUACUUGGAAACAUUAAACAAUGUGGCCACUGCCAACCCCAAGUCAGUAGUGAAUGUGUGCAACUUGAAGCCGGCCGUGGAGCUCGUCUGCAGCUGGGAGAACACCGUCUCCGAAGUCACCCCGGAGAACACUGCCAUGGUCGAACAUAUCAAAAAAGAAGUUCAAAGAAGUCGUAACCGCAGCGCGGCGUGUUCGCUGCACGUGGGCGACUUCCACGACACGCUGAAGGACGUGGUGGCCAACAGCUGCGUCUUCCUCUACCCGCACCUGCUGCCGCCCAUGAUGUACCGCCCCGACUCCCUCAAGAGGUCCAAGUUCCUGCCGCCGGAAGAUAGGGCGCCGCACACGCUGCUGCACCACGUGCGCUACGUGCGCCGCAACGACAAGGACAACCCCAUAUGUAAAUUCUUCGAGAGCCGUCAGGUGGAGGCGGUGCAGCAUCAGCUGCUGGCGUACAACGCGCGCCUCACGCUGUACGAGCAGCCGGAGUACGAGAUGCCGAGGAUCUGGCUGCGGCACCUCGCCAAGACCAGCAAACGAUUUAGAGACCAUCUGUACGGUCGUAAUAAAGUAUCCGCGGUAAUACCAAGAGGAGUUGAGAUAGCGCUCGGGAAACAAGUAACGCCACAAACAAAGAAACCAUUACCUAACGAUUUCUUAAAAACGAAGAAGAAACCAAUCAGAUACAUAACCCCUGAGACUACAGAACAAAGUGAUACGCAAAUUAUUUAUAUAGAAAAAACAAAUACCUCUGAUGUACGGAACACUGGAACUAUAACAGUUAAUUCUGUCUCGCAACCGAUUUGCAGCACAUCCGAAAUACAAAAUAUAAUUAAUAAAACAAACGAACAAAGCAAAGAAAACGAAAAAAUCAAUGAAAAACAAAUUAUUACACAAAAAAUACAUUGCAGUUGUUGUGUUUUAUUACGAAAAAUAUGCAAGCAAAGACAAACGUUAAUCACAGAGUAUAUAAAAUCAAAAAAUAAUAAAGCAAAUAAAUGUCCUUGCAGAAGUAAACAACGACAAAGAAUAACAAACAAAUUGAGGAUGUUAUUAAGAUUUUUCAAACAUCGUUCAAUGUAUGUACAUAAAGAUAUGUCACAGCAAUUAUCUCAAUGUAUGGAUAAAAAUGGUUUUAAUACAAAUGUAAAAGAUAAUAUUUUUGAAAUAGAAGAUAUUCCAGAUCCUAAUGAUUUAGCAUUUGCAACGACAUUACAAAUGAAAAUGUUGAUCAGAUUAUCAUUAACAAGGAAUCCGUUGAUAAAGAAAAACGCUUAUAUGAAUUUAUCUAAAUUCGAUCCUAAAACGGACGAUCCCGCGAAAUUAGCUAAUGUGUUGGAAAAGAUUUUCGAUGUGGAACUCGUGGAUAUAUUCAAAGAAUUCCUGCGAUGUCUGACUCCGGAGCAGGCGGAGAAAAUAAAUAGAUUUAAAGAUUAUUUCACACAAGCUUGUGCUCCGGAUCUCGUUAAAAGGAUAUCGGAAGAAGUAACAGAUAAGAAUAAGAGACAUGCAUUACUAUCUCGCUUAAUUCUGUCGUUUACUGAUAAUAAGGCGUCCUCGUGUGAAAUCUGCACCGAUCUGUUGACACAUAUGCAAGGACAUGCCCAACUCGCUACGUAUACCUUCAAUCUUUUCCCACAUAAAAGUAAACGUGAAUCUGUACCAUUUACCACGUGCAGUAACAACGAUGUGCUUGACGAGACCAGUUUAAACCAAAAAGAUGGUAGUGAUAUUGAACCACUUAAAGUAACUACCCGCACGGAAUCUGAACCAAUACACACUUCCACUAGUAUGGUACCUGAGGUAGUGGAAUCUGAAAUUACCCGCACGGAAUCACCAAUACUAACUUCCACUAAUACAGCGCUGAAGCCAGUAGAAUCUACAACUACCUGCAUGGAAUCAUCAAUACAAAAUUUCACUUGUCAAGAACCCGAGCUAGUACAAUCUUUAACUACUCGCACAGCAUCACCAAUACAAAAUUCCACUUGUAAGGAACCCGAGACAGUAGAAACUGUAAUUACCCGCACGGAAUCUGAACCAGUAACCACCUGCAGCAUGAGCAAAGCUGACACGCCAUCUAUUGGACAAGACGAACAAACUAACGCUCAACGCCGAGAUUCAGAGCAAGAGGUCAGAUUGACCAUAUGCGAACAAACGGAAACUAUGGACUGUGAUGAUCAACCCUCAAGCCCUGUUGAUGAUACCAAUGAUAAAUAUGUAAAUAUCAAUGGAAUAGAAAAGCAACAGUCAGAGAGAGAAAUUUAUGAGGAAAAAUACAUUCCAAUUGAAGCAUAUACAGAAGAGGAUAUUUCAGAUGGGAACAAACUGAAUGCAAGUGACAUUAAGAUUGAACUGAUCAUGUCUGAUGAUGAAACGAUAAAGUCAGAGCCCCCCGAGUGGCAGAGGUCCGAAGAUAGAUUAAUUCUGGAAGUGCUAAAGCAAUCUUUUACCCGCGAGGAGCGCAAAAAUAAAACUAUAAUAGAUAUUGUUGAAGAAAUGGACGUUUUACAAAUAAUAACAGACAGUUUACCUCAUAAGUCUAUUAAAGAUGUUACAGAUCGUGUAAUGUAUUUAUUAGAUUUGUUAGUUAUAAGUGAAAACUAAUUGCUUUUUAUAUUUAUUUAUUGAAAUAAACUCAUUUUAAACAAAACUGUUCUUUGUGUUUAAAAUCUGGUUCAAUAAAUCCCAAAAACGAAUUAUAGGGUUAGUCAGACCAUCAGAAAUGCGUUUCUCAAGAUUUAUUGGUUUAUACUCUAUACUUUGGCCUAAGGAAUGACUCCUUGGGUUACAUUUCUAUCAGUCUUGUUUAUCAAGCCAUAACUAAUUUCUAUACAAACUUUACCAUCCACCAU